AUGUGUUUCGGCUCAUCGCGAAGAGAGCCGCAUGACUCACCGCCCCCGCGGCGGCGCAUACACCACAGCCCUGACGCCUACAGCCAGUCCGCAUACACCAAGGACUACAAGAGAAACAAGCGUCGUGCAGGUCAGAAUGCUGGUGCUGCUGGAGGUGGGGAUGGUGGAAGUGGAGAUGGUGGCGGCGGGGUUGAUGGGAUCUGGAAUAUGAUUUGA